CCACAAGGGCGUCUGAAGUCAUAAGCACAAAUAUCGCCCAAAUUGUGUACGUUAGAUUGACAUGCAGCCAACCUUGGUGCAGCAUUGACAAGGCAUUGACGUCAUUCGAAAGCAAGCAGGCAAGCAUGGCAGCGCCUGAAAGAACGUGCCUGCAGUGCGGUAAGCCAUCGAAGUAUUGCUGCCCAAAAUGUUCAGCCCGGUCGUGUUCCUUGCCCUGCGUGAAGCAGCACAAAAAGAUCGGCGAGUGCGAUGGAAUCCGCGACAAAACGGCUUACAUCCCGCUGGACGGGUUCACAGACUUGGAUCUCCUUAGCGAUUAUCGGUUUCUUGAAGAAUCUGCGAGAAUCGUGGAUAGUGUAUGCAGAACCAAGCCAGCAUUGGGUGUGUAUCCACAACAGAAGAGCCUGCCUGGAUUCCUGCACAAGUUCCAGGCAGAGUGCAGGCGACGUGGCACUGUGCUCAAGUUGUUGCCUCGUUGCUUCACGAAGCGGCAGGAAAACAAGUCACAGUACAACUUCCGUGAGCGCUGCAUCUACUGGCAUGUGGCUUGGGUCUUCCCUGCUGCUCAUAUCAAGGUCCAUGAGAGUCAGAGGGUGCACGAGAAGGAAAGCCUGGGAAAAUGUCUUGAGAAGCACCUAACCUUGGAAACAUGUCGACCAGAGUUGAGAGGCCCACUGCAGCCCUACAUAGCAGCUGGAAUGCAGGGGGUCUCCCUCCUCCUGGCUGCUGAAGGAAAACCAGCUUCCGAAAAGUGCUAUUACAACCUAGACUUGUCAGUGAGCCUGGAGCACUGCCUGAAAGGAAAAGUUGUUGUGGAAUACCCAACUUUCACGGUCGUUCUCACUGAGGACUUGUCGCAGUUUAACCUCAUCAGUCCAGAGCCAUCAGGAAGUCAUGGGGGCACAAGUCUGCCAGCCUUCUUCAAUACAGAUGGUUUGGCUGGGUGUGAGAAUGAAUGAAAGAGUGCAAAUUGGUACAAAAAUAUGAAGCAGUUUUUUUUUCCUGCUAAAGAGCUUUGUAAAAAUGUAUAAUAAAGCCCAAGG